AUGCCCGAUGCGAGAAAUAGCACAUCCACACCCUCGGAGUCUCGUGAUGAGGCCGAGCAUGAGUCGCCGUUCAAGCAGCAGCGCCGGUCAGAUUUGGGGAAAGACCAGGCGAGUGAAAGGCCGGUUUAUCCCGAAUCGUAUCCUCGCAUAGAGCCAUCCAAAGCGCGCAUGGCAGUAUCAGAGUUUCUCGAGAGCAAGGAGGACGAUUUGUCCCAACCUCUCGUCAACCUGGUUGGCCGUGUGCGUGCUAAGCGCGUCGUCGGCAAAAAUCUCGUCUUUCUCGAUAUCGUAAACGAAUUUCAAAAAGUGCAAAUCGUGGUGAAUAGGUCAAAAUGCCUCCCGCCUGUUGAGAAUAUAUGUACACACAACAACAAGAAGUUUCAAGUCUUCAGGACGCUCAUCCAAGUCGGCGAUCAUAUAUCCGUCAAAGGUGUUCGUGACCAUACGCCGGCUGGUCUGUUGACCCUUUCCGCGAGAGAACUACCAGAGCUUUUGUCGCCAACUAUGGAGCAAAUUCCUGACGUCCUCACCGACCCCAAGACCAAGAUGCAGGAUCGCCACGUAGACAUGCUUGUCAAUAAGGAGACUGUCGAUAUCCUGCGUCUUCGUUCUGAAAUUACAAAGCACAUGCGUGAUCAUUUCCACUCGAAGCGGUUCCUCGAAUUUCAGACGCCCAUUCUGGCGGAAAAUGCCGGAGGCGCCAUUGCUCGACCGUUUGUCACGCGCGCCACUGAGUUUAAAGAUAAAGACCUGGCACUUCGUGUCGCUCCAGAGCUCUGGCUUAAACGACUUGUUGUUGGUGGCGUUGACAGAGUCUUUGAAAUCGGCCCUGCCUUCCGCAAUGAAGGCGUGGAUGCCACACACAAUCCUGAAUUCACAAUGUGUGAAUUCUACAGCGCAUACUCAAGCCUGUCAGACCUGAUAAAGGAGACAGAGGAGCUUCUCACCAGCCUCGCCAAGCAUACACAAAAGCUCAUUGAAACACAACUCACAUCCCUGCCACCCAUCGAUCUGCAAAAGUUCAAGCGACCAUUCAGGCAGAUCGAGUUUGUGCCUGCUUUGGAAGAAGCCACCGGCGUUCGCUUCCCCAAGCUGUCUGCAGAGGAUGCGCUGCCAGAACUUCUUGCUCUCAUGAAGCUGGCGGGUAUCGGUAUUCCUGGCGACAUCCCUACUUCGCUGCCUAAGCUCCUCGAUCGGCUAGCCGCCAUCUACAUAGAGCCCAAAUCAUUUGAAGAGCCUCUUUUUAUUACCAAUCAUCCGGCUUGCAUGUCGCCAUUGGCCAAGAGCUUCCUCUGCCCAAAGACAUACCAACUAGUAUCAGCACGGGCAGAGCUCUUUGUCGGUGGUCGAGAACUCGCCAACAUGUAUGAAGAGGAGAACGACCCCCAGGAACAGCAGCGCAAGCUCAACUCGCACCGCAAUCUGGUCAACACGGAUGAUGGUGAUGUUGCCAUCAACGCCGCUGAGCAGGAGCCGCUUGACAGUAAGGUGUUGGAGGACGAAGUGGCCCUCGAAGAUGAAUCGGAGAUGGAAGACACAGGGAUGGGAGGGAAGCAGGAAGUGGGGGAGAAGCAAGAGAUGGAAGACCUCGAAGUGGAAGAGUUCGAGAUGGGAGAAGAAGAACAGACGGAUCAGGAAGUCUUUGACAAUCACAUGAAGAGGCCUGAGGACGAAGACGACUGGGCUACGUCGCCUCUUGAUCGAAGCUACAUCAAGGCGCUGGACUAUGGCCUGCCUCCUACUGGAGGCUGGGGUUGCGGCGUUGAGCGUCUUGUUAUGCUCUUCUCCGGCGCCACUCGUAUCAGCGAUUGUCUGAGCUUUGGCACGAUUCGAAAUGUCGUGGGCUUGACCUCGGACGUGAGCAAGAAGGAAAGUGACAAGUCUUGA